AUGAAACUUUCAUACGCGUCUGUACAGUGGACUGUGAGGCAGAGCGACACGCAGGUGUUGAGUCUGGAGGUCCUGCCUGAUGACGUCAUCGCCGACAAGUUGCGGCUGGACCUGCCGCCGGAUACCCUCCCUGCCGGGCUGUUCAUGGUGCAGGUUACAGUGACCAUGGAAGUACCCGAGGUUGGACACACCAGCAUCGGUGUGGCGCAGACGUGGCUGGAGGUGUUCCCGUUCCCCAUUGUUGUGACACUUAACGGCAAUGCCGCGAGGACCAAACCGCUGGGGCAUGUUUUUGUUACUGCCUGGUUGGCUCAUGACUCUCGUUGCCGGAUUCCUAGCGACCAGCUAAGCUACAACUGGACAUGUGAAGCAGUCAGUUAUCCGAACCCACCAGUUACCAGCGACGGAAUACCGGCUUGCGAAGCUCUUCUUGGAACCCUAGAGGCUGACUCGAAUCCAGAUAGGGGUACCUUACACUUCGACACCAGCCUUAAGCCUGUCCCACUGGAUUCCGUUGUUAAAGUCCGUUUAGUCGUCGCCGCUGAGGGGCAUGAACCUGGUCAUACCUACAUCGACAUACACACCAACGGAGACCCAAGCCUCGGAGAGUACAGAAUAGUAUGUUCAUUUAACUGUAACCCCGGAGACCUAAUCGCCCACGAGAUGCUAUACCUCAUCAUACCAUGGAGCGUAGAUAAUUCUGGUCCUAACUCGUGGACUUUUGUGGAGGCUCCAGCAGACUUUCCUGGCAUCGACUGGACAAACGACAUCUUACUUGUCAAUGACGACAACCUAAAAGUUCGUCCCAACGUUUUUACAGUCCCCGGAUACUACACGGUCAGAGCUACCAACUACCUUAACGAAAACUUCCCACGGAUUGGAGAAUAUCGGUUUCUCGUCAUCAGGAAUCCGGUACCAGCGAGGCUUCUCCAGGACAACCCCGCAGAAAUCCCACCAGACGUGUGCUCUGUCCGCCCUGUAGAAGGAGUAUCAUUGGUGGACAAGUUCUGCAUCGUCUGUGAAGACUUUUAUGAUGAGGUUGGCCCGCUUAAAGUGGACUUCAAGUACAAGGUCGAACCGGGAGGUGUUGAUUUGGCAACAGUCAGGUUUCCCGGAGAGAGCCAAGCUGCUGCCGCUGACAUCGUGGUGAACCUAUUUUCCGGUUGGGUUUUCUACACACCCAUGAUCGACCUCGCUCCAGGUAGCAUCAUAGUAGAGGUGCUGGUAUCCAGCGCUGACGGACGCUUCUCUACUGUUCAACUGGACCCGGUUUUUGUCGAUUCCCCUUCCAAAGAUGCUUUGAUCGCAUUCACGGAAACGUUCUUCGACAGUCGAGUAGGACCUUUCUUCAAUCUAAUGUCCAUGAGGUCUUCUGUGGAAACGUUCAGCAGCGCAGUGACAGCUGCUAGUGUUGUAGCUACCCUGGCUAACAAUGGGAUAGACAUCAGUCAGGCUACAGACAUGGUGGCUGAUGGUAUGGCAAAAGUAGAGCUACAGGACUACGAUGGGAUCAUAGGAUUGGCAAGCUGUAUCUUGCUAGUGACCGUAUUUCCCCAGUAUGUGUCUGGCAAUGCACAAGUCCAUAGCUCCAUGUCUCUGAAGCAUGCGUUUGAGAAGCUAGGAGAGAUGUCAGAAAAUAACAACAUGGACGUAGAAGAGGUGAACAUGGCGACGGCACUCUUAUUUACAGGCACUGCCCACGUGCUCAAAGCUUCUGAGGUCAAGGCUUUAUCGGAGCACGAGGAUGGGGUGGGCUUCUCCAACAUGCUGGAAAAGAACAAAGAGGCCACGACAAGAACGUUCCAAGCCUUAGACGUGCUAGACGACAUCUAUCUCAUCAACAUGAUGCCAGCCUACGAUGACGAUAAUCUUUUUGCAGAUAUCUUUACAUCCAAGAUCCACGUGAAGAUUAAGCGAGAAGACCCCGCUGACUCCUCUGAGGAGCUGUACACUGUGGCGGGUGUGAGUGACUCGUUUGUCCGCGUGCCGUCCUUCUCAUCGCUGGCUGGAGACGGUUGUCUGGGAGGAAAGACGGUUGGAGUGCAGUUCCUGGAGUCAAAUUUCAACCCGUUCGAAUAUUCAAACAACUCGCGGUUAGUCGAAUCAGAUGUAGUCGGCCUGGCGGUGAAAUGUGACAACUCGACACUUCCUGUCUCAGGCCUGAGCGAGCCGAUAGACAUCCUGGCAAGAAGGGAGAACAAGAGUCUGGAUGAGCUGAUGUACAUCUUCACGUCAUCUUCAAGACUUGGCGACAUAUCGCUUUUUCAUAUCUACGCCAGGAGAAAUAUGUCAGCGAUGGGCUUCAGCCUGGACUACAACAUCACCCUGUUCCCCCAUGACGUCACCCUGUGGCUGCGCAAACACCAGCCACCAACCCCAGACACGUACGGCUGGACAGCCACCCUGCCGGUUCCAGAAAACCAGCUCUUCACCGUCCCGUGGAUAAACGAAACGUCCCUGCUGUCCAGCGCUUACCAGUGGCUGCUGCUAGAAGACGAGAUCGCCAUCACAGACCUGGAUGUGGACAAGUACAACAGGACAGACUACUUUAUAGGACUUCGGUUCGGCUCCGAAGUUGAUCGCGCCAGAGGAGAGACCGUCCCCUUCACUCUGUACGUCUUUGAGACGUCCUGUGUCUACUUUCAAGAAGACGAAACACACCUGUGGCAAAGUGACGGCUGUAGGGUCGGUCCGAUGUCUAACAUAACCCACAUCCACUGCCGGUGUGAUCACCUGACCAAAUUUGCUGGUUUCGUACCGCCAAAUCCACUCAACAUCCGGGAAGCCUUCUCAGCAAACAUCUUGGAGAAUCCGACGGGCCUCAUUCUGGUUCUCGCCGUGUUCACUUCUUACGUCAUGGGGGUUAUCUGGGCCAGAAAAGCCGACAGAAAAGAUAUCGCUAAGGCUGGAGUGGGACUACUUCCUGGCCACGUGCUGAACCCUCGGAAGGACUGUCAGUACCUCAUCACGGUGUACACUGGGUUCAGGGGCAACGCGGGAACUACCGCUGAGAUCACGCUGGUGCUGUACGGCAGCCAGUACGAGAGCCCUCCCCUUACGCUGAGGGACGACAGUCGAUGUUUGUUCGAACAGGGCAGCGUGGAUUCUUUCUUGGUGUCCACGGAAGAGCCGCUAGGGGUCCUCACCCACAUGAGGGUGUGGCAUAACAACGCAGGGUUUAGUCCAUCAUGGUACCUGAGUCAGAUCGUUGUAGCCAACAGGGCAACAAAAGUCACGACGUAUUUCCUGAGUAACAGGUGGUUCGCUAUUGAUGAGGGUGACGGAAAGAUUGACCGUAUCAUCCCGACAUCAGUGGAGAAGGAUAUUACUAAGUUCCACAACUUGUUCCUUGCGAAAAGCUCGAGGGAAAUGAACGAUGACCACCUGUGGUACUCCGUUGCCGGCCGCCCUGCCCGGAGCCCGUUCACCCGUGUCCAGCGCCUGUCCUGUUGCCUGACGCUGCUCUACAGCACCAUGCUCACCAACAUCAUGUUCUUCGGCCGCGGAGACGACUUCGACCCUCCCGAGCCGCUCAGAUUCGCUGGUCUGAAGAUAAACCCGCCGAUUUCACUUCCGCAGUUGAUGAUCGGCAUACAGAGUGCAGUCAUCAUCCUUCCAGUCAACCUCCUCAUCGUCUUUCUCUUCCGGAAUUCGGGAACACAAAAAAGGAGCAGCGGCAAGAAGUUGAACUCGGAGCCAGACAGACACAAGAGGCCUAAGAAGGAAGAAACGUUUACCUCUGACAACCCAGACACGCCGUCAGUUUGGUACCCACGAGGCCGACCCGUCCCCAUCCAGAAGCUCAGAGUGGUACAGUCGUCAUUGGAUGUCAGAGAAAGUUCUAAGACGCAUGACGAAUUCAAAGACAACGCUGUUCGUGGACAGAAGUCUCUACCCUGGUGGGGUGUGUUCAUAGGUGAGCUGUAG